UCUAUGACCUACCCGUUACUUAUGGCGCUGGACUUUGAUUCCCCGCGUUUAGUCUGUUUCAGACGUUCGGUUCAGAUCGAAAUCAAAUCCCACUCAUUCCUUUCAUUUGCUUACUGAAGCCAAUAGCAAACGAAAAGGUGAUCUGAAAGACAUCAAUCCAUCUUUCCCUUACUUUGUUCUUCUUUGAUCGAUCGAUCGAGCAGUUGACCAGAGAGAAAAGAUCGGUAGGGAGAUGGGUGUUCUAUAGUUAUCUUGUUACGUAGGAUGUUCUUCUAAUGAGGAGUGAUGAUACGCUUUGAGAAGAAAGCCAUAACAUGCUUUCUUUGCGUUCAGUUCGCAGAUUCUGCUCUGCUACCGGUGCCUCUGCCGCCGAUUCUGGAAGAACAACUGCUCCAGCCCGCGUUCCAAAACCGAAACCACUAGAUGAGCCUGCAUUGGUGAAGCUCAAGGCCGAGAGGGACCCAGAUAAGCUCUUCCUCCUAUUCAAGGCCAAUGCCCACAAUCGACUUGUUAUCGAGAACCGCUUUGCUUUCGAGGACACCGUCUCCCGUUUAGCCGGUGCCCGACGAUUUGACUAUAUCGAGGAACUCCUCGAGCACCAUAAGACUCUUCCUCAAGGGCGUCGGGAAGGCUUCAUUGUCCGCAUUAUAAUGCUAUAUGGAAAGGCUGGGAUGACUAAGCAUGCACUCCAGACAUUCUACGAUAUGCAUCUCUUUGGGUGCCGCAGGACUGUCAAGUCCUUCAACGCCGCACUCAAGGUUUUGACGCAAACCCACGAUUUAGAAGCUAUUCUGUUGUUCCUUGACGAUGUUCCUUGGAAAUUUGGCAUUUCUCCAGACGUGUUUUCUCUUAAUAUUGUUAUCAAGGCUUUCUGCGAAAUGGGUAUCCUUGAUAUGGCUUAUUUGACCAUGGUAGAGAUGGAAAAAGUGGGAAUAAGCCCUGAUGUAGUUACAUUUACUACACUCAUAUCUGCAUUUUAUAAGAAUAAUCGUCCUGAGAUUGCCAAUGGGUUAUGGAAUCUAAUGAUGCUUAACGGGUGUUUCCCGAAUCUUGCUACCUUUAAUGUUAGGAUUCAGCAUUUGGUUAACAAGAGACUAGCUUGGAAAGCUAAUGCUUUGAUGAGUAUGAUGCGGAACCUUGGGAUAAACCCAGAUGCAGUGACGUUCAAUUUGGUUAUCAAGGGCUUUUGCCGGGCUGGUUUUCUUGAAAUGGCAAAACGGGCUUAUUCUGCAUUACAUGGUAAAGGUUAUAAAGCCAACUGUAGAAUUAACCAGACCAUGAUUCAUUAUCUCUGUAAGGCAGGGGAGUUAAAUGCUGCCUUCGGAAUGUGUAAGGUCAGCAUGGGCAGGAAUUGGUUUCCUAGUUUUGAUACCAUCGUCAAGCUACUUGAAGGCCUUCAAAAGAAUGGACAGUACAGGAAUGCUGAGGUUAUCAUGGAGUUGGUUCGGAAAAGAACACCUCCUUAUUCUGCAGAUGAACUUAAGGCUUUUGGGGCCAUAAUGUCCCAUGGUUGAAAAUGGUGAAGGACAAAAAAUGGGUGUCAUUCAUGGAUAUAUUCAGCUCAAAGGGGUACCAUAGUUUUGUUCUAAUUAUACUUGUCUAUGGAAUUCUGAAAUUAAUGGGAUAUAGACUCUUUACUCUUAAUGGGUGAGUAUUUGAUCUUCCAAACUUGUGCAAACUCGUUAUGUUGCCUCAGUAAAGAAACUUAAACUGAAAUGGGAGUUCCAAUAAGCACAUCUCACAUGAGCCCUAUUGUCUGACUUGUCCUCUGUCUUCAAAUUGGGCUGAUCACGAACAUAAUGGUUAAGGAGAGGGGUUCCUUCUAGCUAAUUGCCUAUGAAACAUUAUCACUGCUGCAGGUGGUGGAUGUUUAAUUAAUACAGAAUGGUGAUGCUUCGGGAACUGAGCUAAGAGCCAUUCUGAAUGCCCUUCUUUAUGCAAAAGAGGAAUGACGGAAGCUGCCUCUUAUAAGAUCUGAUUUCUCUAAUGUAUGUUAAUGCUCUUAACCAGAAGAGCUCAGCUGUCCCUUGGACUUGCUAUCAUUUUUGACAAAAUUAAGGACUUUGUAUUAAUUGUGGUGCUGUUAAAUUCUGUUAUGUAAUUAGGAAAGAGAAUGCUCAGGCCCAUAGAAGCUAGGUAUGCCUAAACAAGUGUCAGGGAAGUACUAGGGGCAUGGUU